AACAUAUUUGGCUCAGCGGAUCCAAGCGAGUAGUGGGAGUAAACAGAGGUUCCCUCGGUUUUUUCCCCCCCAUUUUCCCUUCCCUCUCACUCUAGAGGAGGGAUGGAGCUGGAAAGCUGAAGACUGCAGCUGGAGCCUGCGGAGUUCCGGCAAACUUCAGAAUCUAACCUCCUGUCCCACUCUGAAGUCCCUUUAACGACCCUCUCGUCAGAGGUCUGUCGCCCUGCAGAUCCUUGGGACCCAACAUCCAGCACAGCAUGAAACUCUGUGUUGUCCUUUGCCUUGCACUGUUUUGGGUGGAGCUCCAACAUGGCUCCUGCCAGCAAGCCAAGAGAAGAAAGGAUUCAGGGGAGAACCGCAUCAGACCAGGAGGAAAACGGGGGAAGAUGCGUCACCCCAAACUAAAGGAAGGCGGUGGGAGAGGCCACAGCCUGCUGACACAGGUGCUGGAAAAGGGCCGUUUCCUGCGUUUGGGCCAGAGCACGAUUCUGGCCCCCGGGGAUAACAUAGAGCUGCGCUGCAAAGGCAGCAACAUCGGGUGGUCUUACCCCUCCUACCUGGACACCUUCAACGACUCUCGGCUCAGCAUCAUACAGAGCGACAAGUACAGUCAGCUCAUCCUGACGUCGCCCUCAGCUGCCGACACCGGACAGUACAGCUGCUGGAUGAUCGUCUGUGAUGGUCGUGAGUGCCAAAAGGACCACGAACAUGUGUAUGCCUCUCACAUCUAUUUUGCAGACAAGGACAAUCUCUUUGUCCCGUCGGACAUUCACUUCCAGAUUGUAUACCUGCGCCCAGACAAGCCGGCCGUGGUGCCAUGUCGCGUGACCACUCCGCAGGCCACCGUGUCACUGCACAGAGAAGUACCGCCUGAGGAGAUCCCUGCCAAUGAGACCUUGGUGAACUAUGACCCCGCCAAGGGUUUUGUCCUGCAGAAGCCCGGCCACGAGUAUCAGGGGGUGUUCUACUGCAAGGCCAUGGCCAAAGGAACACCACAGAUCUCCAAUAAAUACCAGCUGCUCUAUGUAGAGGUCCCCAGUAGUCCACCAUUCGUGAGCCUGCAGGCUUCUUCUGAGCUGGUCAGCGGAGGCGACAACAUCAACGUGACCUGCAGUGUGAUAGGGGAGCCGGACGCCGACGUAAGCUUCACCUGGUCUUAUCCCGGGCAGGGCCAGCGUCCUGUUCACAUCCAAACUUCAUGGAGGCUGGUCAAUCGAGGACGUGGUCAAACGACACGUAUCACACAAAGCGUUCUCAGUGUGGAAGACAUGGAGACCAUUGACUUCGGAAAGUAUAUCUGCAAAGCCAAGAACCAGCAUGGCGAGACGCUUGUGAUGACCAGUGUCAUGUCCAAAUAGCCUCUGUUAUGCUUAUGUUGCUUUAUUGAAAACACACUCGAUAAAGGUAAACCAUUGCGUUUUUUUUUUUUUUUUUUUAAGAAUCACUAUUAAAACAUUACAAAGCUGAAGGAUUGAGUACAUUGUGAGUCCAAUUUACAAGACAACAAAGCUCUCCAACUUAUCCAACACCACUGUGCACUUUGCUGCGCUUCUUCAUGCUAAAGCAUGACACUGGACGAGAGCAUCAUUAAUAGCUUUGCUGUGGCUUUGUAGCCUGACGAGCAGAAGAAUCUGGUAGAAAACUUUUUCCAGACUGAAAUGCUAAUGUGUUCCACAUGUGGAAUGUGUUACACAUGCCCAGAAUGUGCUUUAUUUUAAUGCUUGCCCCCCCAACCAUUUUCUCAACAGUAACUUUCUGCAUAAAGUUCAUGAUACCUUACCAAAUGGCAUGUUUUGUUUAAAAAAAUAAAUUAAAAAAACAAUGGAAAUAGAAACAAGUGACCUACUUUAACAAACUGCAAUAUAUUGUCAAAUGAAGAUCAAGCAGUUUUUUCAUAUUUAUUUUUUUGUAGUAAAUACCCAUCUCACAAAAAGUUAACGCUCUUCAACU